ACACCUUUACCUCCCGCUUCUCGCUCGUGUCUCCGUGACCGGCGAAGCAACGGCGCGAGGAACAAACUUUUUUCGACGACCGAUUCCUCAUUCUCGAUCCGUUUUUCCAUCGAGUAGCUCGAUUCGAAGAGAGGAGCAAGUUAGUCCAGGAAGAAGGGAGAGAGAAACAGAUGGGAGAACGAGGAAGGACUGGUCCAACAUCGUAAGAAGAUUGGUCGAUCGGGAGGUGUGGAGGCAGAAUGCGGUGAUCGAGAGUAAUAAACGUGAUAAAGAAGCCUUCGAAAGGCUUCAGGCCGAGGCAACCAUGCUGUUGCCGGCCGAUAUGCUGGCGGCUCAAUCCAAGAUGGUGUACCAGAUCAACAAGUAUUUCGGGGAGCGUGUGAUGACCAGGAAGAGCCAGGUGAUGAAGACGAUCCAAGAGGUGUGUCGCGUGGUUCAGGACGUGUUGAAGGAAGUCGAGGUGCAGGAGCCAAGGUUCAUCUCCUCGUUGACCGAUUACAACGGCCGUUUCGACGGCCUCGACGUGAUCUCGCCGACGGAGUUCGAAAUCGUGAUUUACCUGAAUCAAAUGGGGGUCCUGAAUUUCGUGGACGACGGAACGUUGCCCGGAUGCGCGGUGCUGAAGCUUAGCGACGGACGAAAGAGAUCCAUGUCCCUUUGGGUGGAGUUCAUCACCGCGUCCGGUUACCUGUCCGCCCGGAAAAUUCGCUCGCGAUUUCAAACGUUGGUGGCACAGGCCUGCGACAAGUGUGCCUAUAGGGACUCCGUGAAGAUGAUAGCGGACACGACGGAAGUAAAACUCCGGAUUAGGGAGAGAUACGUGGUACAAAUAACGCCGGCGUUCAAGUGCGCCGGCCUCUGGCCCAGAUCGGCUUCCCAUUGGCCCAUCGCGCACAUACCUUGGCCACAUCCUAAUAUCGUGGCCGAGGUGAAAACGGAGGGUUUCGACAUGUUGUCGAAGGAGUGCAUCGGUUUGCAGGGCAAACAAUCGGCUAUGGAGGGCGACGCCUGGGCGUUAUCCUUCAUAGACGCCGAGAACCGUUUGCUUCAGGGUGGUAGCAGGAAACGUUGCCUGAGCAUUUUGAAAACUCUGAGGGACAGACACCUCGAUCUACCCGGAAAUCCGGUGACCAGCUAUCACAUGAAAACCUUGUUGCUCUACGAAUGCGAGAAACACCCGCACGAAGCGGAAUGGGACGAAACGUGCAUCGCGGAUCGCAUCAACGGGAUCCUUUUGCAAUUGAUCUCUUGCCUGCAGUGCCGCAGGUGUCCGCACUAUUUCUUGCCGAACCUGGAUCUGUUCAAGGGCAAGUCGCCUAGCGGUUUGGAGAACGCGGCUAAGCAAGUGUGGAGACUCACCAGGGAGUUGUUGACCAACAGUCGUGCUCUCGAGAAGCUAUAGUGAAGAAGAAAUUUCUGAUCUGUGCGAGAGGAUGAGGAAGAAAAUCUCUUGUUGUGCUUCGAGAAGAAGUUAUGGGUACCUGAAAUCGGGGGCCUACUUCUGGAAGAGAAUCUUCGAGCAAGCUGCUCGAUCAUGAUUAACGCGUUCGUCGAAGAAUCUCGUUUCGAAGCCGCGCAGUGUGUGCCCGCGAGGGGAAUAAUCGCGCGUGUGUGAUUUUGUGGAGGACGCCGAGGACGAUCGAACCAGUGCCAUAAAUACGCCGACGUUGACAGUCUCUGUUUCAGUUUCGAAUCGCCGACGGCAAUCGGAUCACGAUACUCCAACCACGAUACUUAACUCUUAACCGGUGUUACUCGAUUUCGUCGCUACGUUUAUAUACUGGUCCCAAUUAAGAGACGACGAUAGAGAUAUUAUAUCGAUACGAUUGUGAUUGUUAUACGAUGAAGAAAUCGUAGAUCGAGAUGAAUAUUAUGUGAACACGAGAUGAAUACGAUAAAUAGUUGGAGAAGUAUGGACGAGAAUGAGUGAAGAACCGCGUUUCAGACUCACCGGUUGUGGGUUAUGCUUGAUUCAUCCUGUCUCUUUCCCUCUGUCAUUAUGUACAUACUACUUGCAAAGAUAUUUAUUGAAAGUGUACACGAGAUAUGUGAAAUACAAUGCUAUUUAUAUGGAACCGUAGCCGGAGUCGUCAUUUUCGUCCGUCGAGGGCAACACACACCCACUCCUCACCUACUCGAAAUUCACAUGGAAGUCUAACUGUCGUAAAUAUUGUUUGAACGUAUCGUUAAACGGUUUCUCGAGCAUUAAACCCUGGCUUGGUUAGUCCUCGUAAAUAUUGUUCUCGCGUCUUUUUGCCACUAAAUAUCGAGACUUUCGAAUAAAAAUCGAAUAAAAAUUCCACUUCUUGGUUCAAGCUUAAAUAGUGUUCGAAAAAAAAAAUAACGUCCCGAUAAAGUAGCACUCUGACAAGUUUGUAUUUCUUUUUUGUGUGUUUCAUUUCUUCGGUUUCGAAGAAAUCUUUGUCGCCAAAGCAAUCUUCCAUUUUUGUUUGUCUUCGAUACAUAAAAUUAAACGAAGACCGAGUUUUCAAGUGUGAGAUAUUGAAUUUUCUAGUCUUGACGAUUGUAAAUGUAUUUUACGCUUAAAUAUCACUUUUAGUUAUUUUUAGCGAAGGUUCAGUUUCCGGUUUUUCUAUUGGUUUUGUUCGUCGAUAAGCAAAUUGCAUUUUAUCGCCACGAGGAAACUUUGCUCGUUAUUUAUACGAUUCGGAUUGUAUACUGCUUUUUUCAAACAUAGAAUCCUUAUUGUGUUUAUCUUUGUGGAGUAUGAGAAUUAUUUGUUAUGCGGUAAUAUUCAUGAAACAUUAACUAAC